UAUAGUUAAGAGGCAGACAUUAUGGUAAACUCCAUAUUCAAUCAAUCAGAAACUCUUCACAGAAACGGAAAGGGUCAUUACGUCAUAAGAUACCCAGACCCACUGCUUGAAAAUUCUAAAAAUGGGUAAGUUUUCUCACAGUCAGGCAAAGUAAAAAUAAAGAUAUGUAUCCAUAAACUGAUAUCUCAAUUGUAAGAUACGAAACAACUUUUUAAAAACAAUAGGAAAUAAAGAAGAAAAUACACUUGGUCAGCACAUAGACAGCUCUUUUCAAUCAUGCACAUCAGAAAAAUAUAGGUACUUAUUAAAAAUAUCUAUAACAUGGGAACCUCUCAAUCUCGCCUCCUCUAUUUUAAUUUCACUAUUCAAAGCCAUUAUCGAGCCUCCAAAGUGACUUAUCAGUUCUCCAAAAUUUUGAAAUGGCUCAAAAGAGGCUAAGAACAGUGAAAUUCGUAUUCACAGGGUUGUUUUAGUAUACAGAAACAACUGUCAGUUCGAAUUUCAAAAAAAUUCUUGUGAACAGGAAAUUUUUUAUUCUUAAUUCUUUUUUCCUUGUAGGUAUAAAAAUUCUUGUGAAAAACACUCUUGAGGUGUCGAUCUGGAAAUCGGUUCAAACAUGAAUAAAAUCGAUAGAUAGGUUGAGUAUAAGCCACAACUCGAUUUUUAGCUGCCCAACUUGAUUUUCACGCCUUCUGAAGAAAAUUUCGAGUUCUGGAGAAACCGAAAAUCGCACCGGAGGCUCCAGAAUGUCUCGAAAGUGUGGAAUUUAUAUUCUAAUGGUUAAUAUUAAAUCUAAAGACUAAUUUUCAAAAUUCGUCAAAAAUCGAAGAAUCAACUUGGGCAGCUGAAAUUUUGGUGACGAGUGUUUCAAGCCAUGCUCUUUCCAAAAGUCACAGUCCUGUUAAUAUCUAAGGCAGUGGUGGACUGGGUCGGUUUGGGGCCCCUGGAGAAUGCUCCGAAUGGGGCCCACAAAAUUUUUCGCUUCCCCUUUAGGAAUCUUUCUCGUUCUGUUUUUUCCCAGGUUUCGAUACUUGAAUGCAAGUUGAGCGAUUGAUUUUUGCUAUUGUCUUUUUAUUCAAUAGGUAGGUAUUUAUUAAUAGCAAAAAAAGAUGAGAUUUUUUGAGGGGGGGCGGGGGAAAAUUUGUCAUAAGAAAAAAAUAUCAAUUUUACCGAAUAAAAUGACAAGUUUUUAAAGUGAAAUGACAGAUGAAAUGACAAUUUUGUCAACUAAUAUAAAUCGAAUUUAGGCUUAAGUAUGAAUAAUUCUUAUUUUCUCUUUUGAAUUCAUGAAAGUUUCAAAAAUGGAUUUUUUUGCUUUAGAUAAGGGAUAGAAAUUGACCCGAGCAAAGUGAGGGCAAACGCUUCUAAAAAUUUGUAUUUCGAGAGGUAAAAAAACCAUGUUUUUGAAAAAUUUGUUCACUUUUUUAGCUCAAAAUUUUAGAACUCGAAUGCCUGUUUUUCAUAAAUUUCAAAUUUGAAAAUUAAAAGAAAACAGGCUCAGUGCGGAGUGAGAGCAAAAGCUAUAGUUUCGAGAAGUAGAAAAACAACAUUUUUUGAGGUGAAGAGUGUUUUUUGGUUACAAAGUUUCUUGAAAUUUGAAUACCUAACUUAAUAGAUUUUUAUAAAGGUUGAAUCUUAAUUUGAAAAAAAUCACACAGACCCGAGUGAGGUGAGGGCAGAAAAUUUCAAAAAUUUGUAUUUUGAGAGGUAAGAAACAAUGUUUUUUUUUGUGGUGACUGAUGAGUUUAUUUUUUUGACCAUACAAUUAUAGAAUUUGAAUGUGCUAAAAUUGAAAAUUUAGAUUUUUAAAUUAAAAAAAAGAGCCCAAGCGAAGCGAAGGCAAAAGCUUACAAAAAAUUUUUGUUGGAGAAAGUAAAAAUAUCUUGGUUUAAACAUGGCCUCGGGGCCCCUGGCAAUCGCCAAGUAACAUCUAACAUCAUAUGCCAGUCCUCCACUGGUCUAAGGUGAACAUGCUCGUGUAAAACAGCAAUUUUUUUCACGUGAAAUUGUCCAGUUUUGCAUGUUCUCUACUCCAGUAUAGGUAACUGUGAAGCAUAUUGUCCAAUCUGCUCAUUUAGUAUCAAUGGGAGGGAGGAGUCAAUUAAUCUAUUCUAGUUUUAAUCGCCUUAAUUUUGGUCCUUUGUUUUGUAUGUACCAACUGUUCUGUUCUGUUCUGUUUUUAUUAGAUAUUCUGUUCAUAAUUUUUUUCAUUCCACCUCCGAUAUUAUGUACUUAGGUCCUCACUUUAAUUUUUAAUUUUGGCAAGCUUUCCCAAACAGCAGGUUCACAUUAAAAAUAGGUGCUUGGUUCCAAUUGUAGAGUUCUUCUCGAGCGAAUUAUGUUCAAAAAAUUGUGAAAAUAUGCUUAAUUAGUGCCAUAGCGCAUUGAAAUAAUUAAAAAUAAUACAUAAGUUUUUUAAACACAGAUUUCUAUUUUUACUCUUCUUGAAAAAGAAAGCAAUUUUUAUUAUCAAACAGACGCUAAAUUCUUAUUGGCCAGUAAGGAGAGGAGGAAAAUGUUACUUCACGCAUUGCAUUCAACACUAUGUAGGUACCUAUACUUGCUACUCCAGUUCGUUAUAGGAAUUUAUUCACGAUAGAUUCAUCGCAAGUAUAUUAUAGAGUAUGUAAUCAUACAGAAACCUGUCAACGGUACGAUACUUUCGAUGAACCGAAAUACAAAGAUUUGAGAACUAGGAAAUGCAUGUGUGAUGAGAAAUGCCCUACAUAUGGAGACUGCUGCAAAGAUUCCAUAUAUUAUAAUCUUACUACUCAGCGCGAACGUUCGUUUACCUGCGAGAGUAGCUUCUUAGAUGGUUACAUCUACAUGAUAAGUAAAUGCCCAACAGAUUACGUCAACCCUACAAUGGUCAAAAACUGUAAAACAACAAACCGUAGAGAUUUAGUAGAAAAUUUUUUAUUGAGUAUUCCGGUGAGUAACGUGGCGAAAAAUAUUACGUAUAAAAACGCGUACUGUGCGAUAUGUAAUUACGAGACGGAAUUCGAAUUUUGGCAACCUUUGUUAUACAUAAUAGAGGAACCGACUCUUGAUAUCAUACAGAAAAAUGCUUCUAUAUCUUCUUCCACGGAUCAAAAUCUAUACAAUGUUAUCAACCACACAACAAUAUUAUCUAAUAUGAAAAUGAAUGAAAAUCAUACACAGCUAGUAUCAGUAGUAGAAGGAAGAUCGUAUUUGUGUUACAUAGUCCCUAAUAUGCAAACCGAAGUGGCAUCAGCAUCACGUUUUUGUUUCUCGGAUUCAAAUGAUCGAUUGUGUUCUGAUUGCGAAAAAGGUACUCCAACAAAUAGCUGUGUUGAAAAUUUAGGUAUAAACCUGGCUAAUAUUCUGGAAUUGACAGUGCAUGAAUCUCGCUUUCCUAAGAUCUUUACGUGUGAUGAUGUGCCGGAUGACGUCGAUAAAAAAUUAAUUUUCUGUGAACCUAACAUCGAACACUGUUUUUAUAAGAAUCCUGUCACCAAAGAAUUAUGCUUAGUGAAUAGGUACCUCGAAGUCGGCGAAUACGAAUUUCGCGAAGAUGGUUCGGUUUAUGUUAAGGAAUCUGAAAUCGUAUUUCCCCCCGAACAGUAUACAAACGACACGAGUACUACAACUGGAGGAAUUUUUGUUUGCGGUACCGAAAUACCCAUGUCUAAUGAAGACAAAUUUUUUACAAAAUUAAGGGACACUUUAACCGAAAUAUUUAUCAAAUUAUCGAUAUUUUUCCUCAUUCUAUAUCUCGCGGUUAACGUAAAUAAACAGAAACUUCAAAGUUUACCUAAUAAAAUCUUAUUCUCGUUUUGCUUCACACUGUUACUUCUUUACGUGGUAUUUGAAGUAGCGCAGCUUUUGAAAUCUUGUAUUAUGGCGGCUGCGAUAAUACAUUACUUGUAUUUAAGCUGCAUCAUGUGGCUUUUGAUAGCAUCUUAUGAUUUUUGGCAGGUCAUUUGUCUUUCAUCGACAAAACUUCAAACGUUGGCUGGUAAAACACGUCUAAAACGUUAUUUACUUUACUGUUUUUUCGGCUGGAUUUCCCCUUGCUUCAUAAUGGCCAUUGCCAUAUAUUUUGAACUCGCCUUGAAUCGUAUUAUUCCCUGCAAUUUGAAACCCGGGUAUGGUAGACUAAAGCAAUGUUUUAUUGGUCAAGAUUACCCUAAAUUCUACUUUCUUCUUUAUCCAACAACUGUUAUAUUUUGCAUUAUAUUAGCUUUAUUCGCCCACACUUCUUAUCAUAUUUAUUUAAGCAAACGUAAAAACAUCAAAUCCACAGCUCAAAAUAAUUAUUACCUUCUUUUUGUAAAAUUAGCAUUGUCAAUGGGUAUAACGUGGACGCUCGGCCUAUUGGUAACUUACAUCAAGUCUAAUUUUAUUAGCACCAUCUACGUUACUUUAAACGCAUCUCAUGGCAUUUUAAUGUUUUUCGCUUACUGUUUCAAAAGCACCAUGCUUACAAAAAUGUACGAAAAACAUAAAAACACAUCUAUUGUUCAACAAACCAGAAGCACGUUUUUUAGUAUUACCGACAAAAUUAAAAAUCCCGCUUCGCAAUCUACCACUUCUAUCGACCCAGUGACACAAGAAAUGGAAAGUACUCAUUAAGACCAAUAUGGAAGGUAGACAUCUGGGCAGUAGGGCAGCUGCAGCUAGGUAUGUCAGAACCUCCAGUUUCAGUUUAUUUUAUCAGAAACGAAAAGGAAAUCUUUUCUACGUGAAAAAGUCCAGAAAAAGUUACCAUGCAACUAAGCUUGCACGUCGACGAGACGCCAUCAACGUUACAAAGAUGGUGUGGGUUUCUACGUGCUAUUCUAAUACGAGUAGCAAUUCCUGCUGUAAUAAAGACACGAAAUAAAACGAACAGCGGUGAAUUUUUUUCAAGGGUUCUAAAGAUCUUCGUUUUGCAAUCGACCAUUGUUUACAAGACUCGAAGAGGCAUGAAAUGGUGAAACAUCAAACGUCAUUUUUAAUAACAAUUUUGUUAAGUUGCAACGUCUCUUUGACCGAAAUUUUCCAUUAUUUAACCAUUUGGAGAGUAUCAUCGAUCAGAAAAUUGAUAAUUAAAAUUAUUUUAAGUGAUUCAUGGAAUAAGUACCAUUCACCAAAAAUGUAAAAUCGUUUCUUCAAAGAGAACUUUGAAUCGUAGAACGAACGGAAGCUUUUAAAUAAAAGAUUUUUUAAAAUUCAUUUCCCGUUUAACACAGUCUGGCAAAGAGAAAACCAUAAUUUUAAAUAUGAAGGGAAAAGUAGGUACUUACUACCUAGUAAGUGAAAUAUACAAAAUUGAAAGACACUUCUAAAAAAUUACGCGCAGCAAGAAACGAAAUAAUCUACAAGUCGCGAGUACGAGUCGCAUCAAUUAAAAUACCUAGGUGUCGUGUGAGUUUUUCCGUAAUUUCUUUUUAACUUUCCACCACUCCACCAGUUUCCUAAAAAAAGCAAAAUAUCUCACCUACUUUGGUUCUAUCCUGCGUGUGAUUCAUUCCAGAAGUAAUAAUAAGUAUAUUUUAACAACAAACCUACGAGUAUCUAUAAAAUUCAAAAAAAAAAAAUACAAAUCAAAUUCCUUCGAUUUAGAAAUUAUGCAAAUAUAUAUCCGUGAACUCAAAAAAAGCUGCCUACAUUUUGACCGGGGGCCUAAUAGAUGAAAGAAGGGACAGAAACAGAGAUGAAUAUUCUGUCUUAGAAGCUUUUAGCGUUAUAAAAUUUAGGAUAAAAUUACAAAAAUUAAUUACAUUGUACGUCACGUCUCGUAAUAGUGAUAAUUUUUUUUUCUAUGUAGAAAAUGUUUUAAAAGUUGACAAGUUUACUAAUAAAAUGCUCAUGUAAGCAGUAGAAUUCAUACAUAAUUAAAUAGUUAAAUGUACAAACUAUUCGUCGUAAAAUUUCACUUUUCUCAAAAAAAAGUGGCCAGUUUCUUUGCGGUGGGCGCACUGGAGGGCCAAUAACUCAACAUUGUGUAAAUGUAUGUAGAACUUUUAAAUGCGAACAAAAAAGAUUCUCGACUAAAAUGGUCUAGGUAUCAAUAAAACUACAUAAAAACAUUGCUUACCCACAGUUGAAAAUUAUUGAAAAAAUUUGAAUAAUAAUUCCAACUACAAAAAUUAUUGUUCCUUGAGUUUUUUAUACAUACCUAUAGUAGGCGACACGACAUUAGAUUUGUGCAAACGCGAUCUAUCUCCCCCCCCCCCCCAUCUACGUAUAGGUACUUUUCGGGGGCCAAAGAGCCAAGAGAAAGAACUACCGUAGACCUACUCUCCGAAUCCAGUUUCCCAAAUUAAAUUUCCGCGAGAAAACGCUGAAAUCUCGAGGAUGGCAACUGAUAUUUUCAAAAAGAUGAAACGUUGAUAUAAAAGGUACAUUUGUGUAUUUUUCGAUUUUUUAAUCCAAUUUUUUGAAAAAUGUUCACUUCCGCCGGCCGCAACACUCGAAAAGCAAUCCAUCUUUGUUUUAAUACAUACUUAUCUAAUGUAAAAAACUUUUUUCCUAUACAUUCAGGCCAAGCCACUGAGUAAUAUGAUGCAAAAUUUUCACAAAUAAAAUUGUCAUAUAAAGUCAUACAUAAGUGCAUAAGUACGUUGUACGCUUGAUAAGUUCUAAAUUUUCAAGAACUGACUCAUAAUUACUGUAAAUUAAUUUAUUUUAAUUAUAAUUUGAACUGUUAUUUUACGACUCGAUGAUUUACACGUAUAACACAAAUAAAAAAAACAUGAGUAUUGUCUCACCAUUA